AACCUGUGGAAGCACGUUGAAGCGUGCUUCAAUGCCGAUGUGGUCAAACUCGCCAAGAAGAGCAAAGACCAUGCCGCUCUUCGCGUCGCUGCAAAGGUAUUCGCCACGGACGGCGAUAUUAGUCGCUUUUUGAAGACACCGGACGGCUCGGCACCGAAAAAGACUUCUCUGACUCCAAGCCACAAGCCACUGACAAAGAUGCAGACGAGAGCCGUCACUGCCCAAUGGGUGUGUGAAAACCUUCGCUCAAUCAGCAUUGUUGAAGAUGACGGCUUCAAGACGCUAAUGCUGUCCGGACGUCCUGGAUUCACUAUCCCGUCUCGCAUGACGGUUUCUCGAGAUAUCCAGACACUGUUCAAGCGUACAAGGGAGCGAUGGGCGGAUUUCUUCAAGACGCACCAGGGACGCGUCAGCCUGGCGACAGACUGCUGGACGUCACCCAAUCAC